AUGGAGUUUAUCGACCCCCAUUUCCACGUAUGGGAUACACUCGAAAUCGCGAAAACCGGCCACUCAGCAAAAUUACUCGGCGGCCCGGGUAAAGAGUUCCCGAUAUACUGUACGGAAGACUAUAGAGUAGACUUCGAAAGUGUAGAUGGUAUGGUAUGUAAGGGAUGUGUGUACAUCGAAGGGAUUUCCAGCGUGCCUCUAGCUGAAGCUAUGUGGGCCUCGGGGGAGUGUCUCAAUCUGGUCGGUGAGACGUCCGUGUGCGAUUUCCGAGUAGUGGCUCGGUGUGAUCUCUCAGAUCCUGAUGCCAAGAAGCGUUUGAGGCGGCUUAAGUCUAUAUCGGGUGUAGUCGGAGUACGACAGAUAAUGAGCCAUCACCCGUCGAAUCCCACGCUUACCUGGCCACUGGUUGAACGAGCCGAUUACAUGCAAGAUAAGGACUGGUUAAUUGGCUACGCAGCGCUCGGAAAACUUGAUUUGAGCUUUGAGUUGCAGGUAAAUCAGCACCAGUUGGCCGAUUUCGUCCAAGUUGCACAAAGAUAUCCUAACACGAAUGUCGUUAUUAAUCACAUGGGAAUGUUGAACAUGAACGAGUCAGAUGCUUUGGAUAUUUGGAGAAAAGGUAUGGCGGCCCUAGCCGAGUGUAAAAACGUCUCCGUAAAGAUAUCUUUUAUAGAUUUUGCCGUACCUCAGUGGUAUAAAGAUGAAAAGGCGAACGAAGAAGUACGUGGCUAUAUUAGAGAAGUGAUAGUUAUGUUUGGCAGUGACCGUUGUAUGUUUGCGUCUAACUUCCCCGUGGACAAAUACGGGGGUGUCACUAUGGAUCAACUCUACUCAAAUUAUCGAAAGUUCGUGGCCGACUUAGAUGAAAAAAGCCAGUAUGAUCUCUUCUACGGAACAGCCGCCCGUUUUUAUAAAUUCGAUACCGAAUAA